GCAAUAAUGGAAGAGCAAAUCUACAAGGUCAAAUCUGAUGUGAGUGAGAUGGGUGGUAUACACUUUGUGAAGUACCAUUCCAAAAUAGGCAAACGGAGACAUGGACAAUUGUUUUGUUUGCUGUUACAUUGAGUUCGUCAACCAACUGUUUUAUGUAUAUGUUGCAAUUUUCUUCAAAUGGAGAAGAUCGAGUGGUAGUUGGGACCCUUGAUGUUAACCAAUGCAUAAGGCUUCUAGAUGAGAUAGUUGGAAAGAAACCACAGGAAUUGGAGAGACUAUUAGCUGUGAAGGAAGGUACUUUGCCUCAGCAACCAGCCUCAGAUGAUGAUAUUUCUAUAACACUUUUGGUGCGAAUGCUAGAUGGAAAGGCUAUAACCGGAUGAUUGUAUCAAGGAAUGAGGUUGCCAUUGAAAAUUUAUCUAGUACCUCGAAUAACGUAUUUGAUUUGGCGAAUUUGGUCUUUGAGGAUUCUGCAUUCUAACGAUGGUGAUGUGCUGAAACGACUCUUGCCAUUGAUCCGGACCCUUUCUUAUAUUAUACCACCAUUACUUUUCGUUUAUGGUGUGCUACUUUUCCUUUUGUAUUUUACCACUGUUAUUACUCAUUAUUAGCCAAUGGCAUUGUAGUUACUGUUAUAUUGAGUUCAGGUCAGCAGAUUGCACCUAAUCCUUGUGGGUUGUACCUCUAGCUACUUCUUUCCUUUUU